CCUCUCUCUCUCUCUCUCUCUCUCUCUCUCUCUAGAUACACGUCACACGAAUAUAUAACCUCCUCUCCCUCUCUCUCUCCUCUCUUCGUUAGCCCACCUGCCUUUUGUUCCUUGUCACAGUCCCCCUACCUCCGUCGUCAAUCCCAAUGCCUCCUCUCCUCCCCUAAGAAAAAAGCCAUCACCAUAACCCAUUUCCCCCCAAUCUCCCCAAAAUCACUCCAAUUCCAAUGACGCCAAUGAACCUUAAGCCCAAAUCAACCACCCAAAGCCUCCCCUCCGACGCCGCCCGCCUCCUCGUCCGCGAAACCCUCCGAAUCAGCGCCGACCUCGCCUCCUCCUCCUCGUCCGCCGCAGCUGAGCCCUCGUCCGCUGCGUCGGCUGCGGCGGAGAGCGCGGGGCUUAGGCCUUCCGCCGCGGCCAACCUCGGGCUUAUCGAUGAACAAUUCGUCGGGUCGAGCUUGAGGUUGAUUUGCUGCGAGGAGGUGGACGGACGGCGGUGGGAGUAUUUCGCGGAGAAUGGCGGAGGCAGAGGCGGCUCGAAGCAAUUCAAGAACGGAUCCAUCCGUUCCGUUAGCUUGCAUAGCCCUCAGGCCCCUGUUGAGGAGCUGAUGUCAUUCAUAAGAUCUUAUGUUGUGCCUGAAGGUUUUCCUGAUACUGUUGCUUCAUCAUAUGUACCAUACAUGACAUGGAGGGCAUUGAAGCACUUUUUUGGUGGAGCAAUGGGUGUUUUCACGACAAAAACGCUUUUGAGUUCAGUUGGAGUCUCCAAAAACAGAGCUACUCCAGGCGCUGUAGCCAUAAAUUGGAUUCUCAAGGAUGGUGCUGGUAGGAUAGGGAAAAUGCUUUAUUCUCGGCAAGGGAAGAAAUUCGAUUAUGAUCUGAAACAGCUUCGGUUUGCUGGUGAUCUUCUAUUGGAACUGGGUGCUGGGGUAGAAUUGGCAACUUCAGUUGUGCCCCACCUUUUUCUGCCUUUAGCUUGUGCUGCCAAUGUAGCCAAGAAUGUUGGUGCUGUUACUUCCACAUCAACUCGUACACCAAUUUACAAAGCCUUCGCUAAAGGAGAGAACAUAGGGGAUGUUACUGCAAAGGGAGAGUGUGUUGGCAAUAUUGCAGAUCUGCUGGGAACUGGGUUCAGCAUCAUGAUGGCGAAAAGAAAUCCCUCCCUAGUCACAACAUUCGCCCUCCUUUCAUGUGGAUACCUUCUCAGCUCUUACCAUGAGGUAAAAUCUGUCGUGUUGCGUACCCUGAAUCGAGCAAGGUUAGCUGUGGCAAUAGAUUCCUUUCUUAAGACAGGGAGGGUUCCAACACUGGAGGAGGGGAAUAUGAUGGAAAGUAUAUUCAAUUUUCCAUGGUCAAAAGAGAGGCCUGUUGUUCUCGGAUCAAGAUUUAAGGAUGCAUUCCAAGAUCCAUAUUCAUAUCUUGGCAUAGAGCCUAUUUUUGAGAAAGAGAGAUAUGUAGUAACGUAUAAUUCUUCAAAGGGCAAUAUAUAUGCAUUGCUCAAGGAUCAAGCAAAAUCCGAUGACAUUUUGAAAGCAGCUUUCCAUGCUCAUGUUCUCCUGCAUAUCCUUCGCUCAUCACCUCAGUGUCGGUCUUUGCCUAGUAAGCAUGAAGAAGUUGAUCAAAUUAUGCCUUUUACUGAUCUUGAAGCUCAUAUUGCUGAAUCUUAUAAAAUGGUCUCAGCUUUAUAUGGGCCUUUCAAGAGCAAAGCUACAGAACAGGGCUGGGUUAUGUCAGAGUCGCUUCUUAAUCCCGGGCGAGCUCGGCUCUGUGAUGCUAACUAAGGCAAUUGGUUCGAAUUAAACUUGUGUUGAAGCUUGGGUUGGGCAGCCACAUGGAGAACGACCAUGAAAGCAUGUUUAUCUAACAGCAAGCUUUCACGCGCACCACUGGAAUCAAUCAAAACCACAAUUUCUAUCAGUUCUCCAUGUUCAGCACGGAAAGAGCUAAACAGAAUGAUGGUACGGGCAGGAGUAUAAUAGGUAUAGUGCAGUUACGGCAGAUGUUUCCAGUGGAAUUCUACAACCAACAAAGAGUACAUUUUGUUUUUUCAGUUCAUGCCUUUAUUUAUAAAAUCUAUUUUUUUUUUCCUUCUCUGUUUCCUUUGGCAUGCCUUCUGGUGGCUUGAGUAUAUGAUAUCUAGGGAACAUGGAAAUAAAUUUUGAUGUAAGAAUCCUAAUUUACGUAAGUACAGCUUUAUGCCUAUGUGAUGUGUUUUUCAUAAA